UCUCCUUCAAUAAUACUCUCAAUAUGGGUGAAGAUUUGCAGGGUAAUAUUGGCCUUGGCCUUGGAAUAGGAGAAGUCUUUGCUUCUUGCCAACAAAGUAAUAAACCUCCGGUGCAAUUAAACCUAUUUUUUCCUUCAUGGACAAAGGAAGAAGAUGAGGGAGAUAAAGGAUUAAUCACCACCAAAGAAGGAGAGAAAUACGCAAUAAUUCCGAGAUUUCGGAAGACUAAUGAAGAUGACGGUGGAGUGAGGAAGAAGCUGAGGUUAACCAAGGAGCAAUCAACAAUUCUUGAAGAAAGCUUUAAGAUUCAUAAUACUCUAAAUCAGAACCAGAAGCAAACACUGGCCGAGAGAUUAAACUUGCGGCCGCGACAAGUAGAAGUCUGGUUUCAAAAUAGAAGAGCAAGGACUAAACUGAAGCAGACUGAAGUCGAAUGUGAGGUUUUGAAGAAAUGCUGCCAGAGCCUGAGCGACGAAAACCGUAGAUUAAAGAAAGAGUUACAGGAGUUGAGAUCGUCGAAGUCAACAGGCUCUUCUGUUUACGUCCAAAUCCCCAAAACUACGACGAUUCGAAUGUGUCCCUCGUGUGAAUCGAUCUCACUCAAUGAUGAAACUAAGAACAGCAGCCACGGACAACCUCAAGUCCUGAGAUUGUGUCAAUAGAAGGACAAUAUUAAAUACCUGUAAAAUCGAUAAUUACUACAUAGUCAAGAAUAAGUUCUAAAUUUCUUUGCACUUUAAUACCUCGAAGUUUCACUCUCUUUUAAGUUUGAAACUCCGAACUUCUA